GUAUUUUCGGUGCGACCCACGUGAUAGGAUUAUUACCGAAUCCCCCCUCGCCUCGAAACAGCUGAAGGUCUCCAUCCAACUUUUUAAAUUAUUAUGCGACAAGAAGUGGGAAGCGGCGAAGAGGAGAGAGGGAAAAAAAAGGAAACCCUCCCAGCCACCGCUUCAAUCAACACCUCAGUAGGUACAUUAGGUAACUUUUAAGAGUGUUAGCCGCCUUAUAUGGGGCUAACUAUUUAUUUUUUCUGGGGCAGUUAGCACUUACAACACUUUACAUAGUAUUGUACCUACUGCUUCUGCUACAGUACCAUUACUAGUACCUACGUGCAUCCUUCAGCUCGGGCUUUAAAUCAUUUCCCAACCCUUGAUACCGGGCUGUUUCCUACUACAUAACCGUCGCGACGGUAUACCUUACCUUAAUUAAUAUACACUCUUUUUUUCCACAAUUAUUAUUAUAGAGUGUUUUUUCUGAAUGGACUCGACUAAACGUAACGAGUCUAAUCCUAUAAGAUGAUGACCCGAGAGCAUCAUCGCCGGCGGAGUCCCGAAUCCUCUCGCCGCCGGCGCAAAGAGCGGCGCGAUUCUAGAGAGCAACUCCAGAAUCAACAAAUAGCACUACCCGCACCGCCUCCGGAAGAGCGAAACGAGCUUAUAACAUAUCGGUCGCGUGCGCCCUCGCCUCUUUCCUCCUCAUCCUCCACCUCAUCCUCCUUAGUAAAUAUCUCCCGUCCCUCUAGGAGAUUUGGCCUUGGCGCGUUCUUCGGCGGUGGUAGUGGUAGCGGACGGAAGCAACAUCGUGUAAAAAAGAAGCGUAGUCGUUUUCUCCGGUUCGGGAAUUCCUCCUCUUCGUCCGUAGGCUCGGAUCUUGCCUACGGAAAGGGCUAUGUCGAACGGCGGCGGAGUCGUGAAAUUAGCCCCCCUAGUAGUAGUGCUGGUAGGCCUCGUCCGCGACGCGAUCAGACGGACGAAGAAAUACUUGAAUUGGGAAGACAGUUUGCCGAGAUUGCUAGAAAACAAAAUGCCGAAGACCUAAAAGCAGCUGGGAGGAGCCGGCCGUCGGCGCUGGUUGGUGCUGCCACAGCCCUGAGUCAGUUCCGCCGAACAAAUAGCGGGAACUCUAACAAGGGGGUUGGAAGCUCUAAACCGCGGCUAGAUGAUUCCUCAGACGAUUCGGAGUGGGAGUCCGCUUCUGAAGACGAGUCGUCGUCUAGCGAGUUUGACUCUGGCCUUGCAUAUGGCUCCUCGGGACUCAGCCUGCCUAAUACUAUUAACCACCCUAUUCCUAGUCAGAGUACCCCUAGUUCUUCCCGUUCUCCUCUUCCCUCACAAAUUUAUGGGCCCCCUCUUCGCCGGAAAUCUUCAGUGGUUGAUCCGAGACUAUUCGGGCCUGUGAACUCGCUUCAUGGCUUCGUUGAUGCCCCUUGUGGGUUUGAAACGAUUGACCGAUCUACGAUUGUGGGAUCUCCUCGACCGUAUGAACCCUCAAGGUCCCCUAGCGAAGCUGUGACUACUAACCGUCCGUUACAACUGGUAUAUCCGGUUGCGACAUCUGAUCCGAGUCGCGUUGAUUAUGACCGUGGUUCUGUUGUGUCCAGCCAACAGGACUUGUCCAACUUGUCUCGACCUGCGCCAGUACCCCUACAACAGCCGAGGCCAAUAGCACCCGUGUCUAUAUCAGUUUUCGAAUCGGUGGAAACAGAAUCCAAGAAAACAGAGCGUGCAUCGUCUAAAAAGGUACCUGAAAGUACUGCUACUACUGAUUCGGCUGCGGGUGCAUCAGAAAGUGUGUCACUGAGUUCUGGUCGUAAAUAUGAUCACGAUCAGCACGAUAGGAAUCAUGACCGACAUGUUACGCGCCCGUCAAAGCGUUCGGAUGCUAGCGUCCAGGCUGAGAAGGAUGAAAAGCGUAAGAGCCGUCAUGACUCCCCUCCUGUUGCUCGUGAUAAUCCCGCGGAGACACGUGGACGGCCACUUUUCGGAUCCGACCCAAAAUCUGAAAGAGACAGUAACUGGGAGAAGGUUGUGCCUGAAAUAAAGCAGAAAUUUGAAAAUGAGUGGCGUCGCCGUGAUGAGCAUGGUACCGAUGUCUAUGAUUACGAUCCACCACGCAACAAGCAUAAACAUACUCAACAGGAUGGACUGAAGACCGGCGAUAGAGAGGCUCACCAAGAGGAACGCCGCAAUGGAGACCGUGUUAGUCGCUCUGGCGUGGAAAGCUACAAACCUGUGAAUGGCCCCGAGAAUCCUACCCGAAAGGCUCCGAUCGAUAUAUUUCAGUUUCAAGUAGCCGAUGAUGCUUUCUCGACUCCCCCUUACACGACAUCAAAGCGACCUUUGACACCGAAUGUGAUAACUGUAGAUCGCGAACCUAAUUUCUCAUCACCGGAAGACCAUUCAUCCCCAGAACGACUAAGUCGGAGAGAUUCUUACGAGCGGCAACUUCAUGACGCAGUUGAAAUAUACGAAGCUGCUGAGCAUGCGACCGCUCCUGUAAGCGAGGUUGCGUUCGCUGCCGCCGCUGCAACUGUAAUGGCUGAAGAUCGCCGUGGACAUAGUCAUGAGAAAGAUGUUGUCCAAGAAAACGCCAACCGCUAUUACCGGGAAGUAGAACUUGCGCGAAAAAUCAAGGAUGCAGAGACUCGAGAUGCAGGGACUUCGGUAGUCGGCAAAUGGAAGGAGGAUCAGCAACCGACGAUUGUUGAUGUCGUAUCACCCCCAGAAAUGGACCACCCGAAGAAGAAGAGCCCCUACGACGGACCCGACGCUGAUGUCCGCAUUGAUAAUAUCCUUGAACAUCCUAAAGAGCUUUCUCGUUUCCUAGUGCCAGAUAUUAAGAGUCACACCAAGGUACCCAUAUUCACGGCUAGAGAUCCUUCUGCUGAGCGCGAGCGUCCAAUGCUUAAUGUUGUGAGGCCCACGCCUAUUCCCACACCAAUUCCCAUACCGAUUCCAGAGGAACAGCGACGCCCUGAGGAGCCUCUUCCUAAACCUGUUAAGAAGAUUGAUAUCCUCCCGCCCAAGGUUGUACCUGCUGUAGUUACCGAAUCUCAGAGCGAAGCAGCCGUGGCACCAUCAGGUGCAAAAUCUGUUAGUUGGGGAAAGAACCAGACAAAACGCUACGUCGUAGAGAGUCCGGAAAGAGGAGAUGACCCGUAUUCGGGUACAAAGAUUGUUAUGCCCGCUGAAACUCCAAAAAGUCGGACCGGGAAAAGGAGCGGUUGGGGAUUGGGAUUCAUCGCAGCAACUCUUGGUGGUGGUAGCAAUAAAAAGGCGUCUUCAAGUACACCAGAGCAGAUUGCUAGCGUUGAAGCGACCGAACUUAGAAAGGCUUCAAGGAACGAAGACGAACCUCCAAAUCGUAGAGCUUCGGUUCCAUUCAAGAGCACGUAUGAUAGCCCACCUGUCCCUGGUCCGAAACCAUCGAACCUUAAAGGCGCUCGGAAGUCAGGUUCCUUUCAAGAAGACCCAGCUUUUACAGCAAAUAUAGCUGCCGCCCUCGAAAGCAGUGGGUUUGAUCCUAAGAUUGUCAUUGACGAUGCAAAUUUUCAUAAGCGCGAUUCGCCGCCUGGGUCGGACGACUUUGGCGCGUACCGAACACCGUUCGUCGAGUCGGUGACCGACUUAGGGAUAUUUGACACCCAAAAGACUGCCGCUUCGCAGAGUGAUCGGGAACGUGGCUUCGUCGUCGGAGAAGUUGAUACACCAUCCGAGGAGAGGGAUAUUCCAACUGAUAAAUCGCGAAUUCUUUCCGAGCUUAACAGGGCAGAGCAGCGCAAACAGGAUAAGGCCCCUGACCGUGGCGGUGUCGAGAAGCCCGAGCUUAUUGCCGAUAAUAGCAAGGCUGCAGAGCUCUCGAGAUCUUUCACGGAGGAUGAAUGGGAUGUGCCCUCAAGCAAGCUUAGUAAAAAGGUGGGGAAGAGACGCGAGAAAGCGACAAGAGUCCAAUCAUCGGACGAUACUCUAGUCGACAAGACGCCCCGAAACGAGCAGGAACUAAAGGCAGAAUUUAUUGUCGAAGGGGAAGACACCUCAUCCAAGAGAAGACCAAACAAGACCAAAAAGCCCGUGGUUGUCCAAGAGGAUUCGAGACAAUCUGAUACUGUAGAGAGUUCUGAUAUCCCAGUCCCAGUCGACGUUUCUCAUAUUGUACGAGAUAUCAAUGCCGUACAGCUUGGCACGUCAGGUCGUCUGGACGAAAACAACAAGGGUUUUAUACGCGACUUGGAGAAAUAUAGCUCACCUUCAAUUUCUACAGCGAAACCCGAGGCCUCGACGCACGAGUCCAAGGAGCCUGUUAAAGUGGACGAUGUAUUUUUUACGCCUGAUGGCGAAUCCGGCAUAUCAAGAAAGGACAAUAGGAGGUCUAGGCCAGACUUAGGUGAAUCUUUCUCGAGGACGGUCCUGCCAACGGAGCUUUCGACGGCAAGUUCUUAUGGAAUAGUCGAUACCGCGGACAGUAUUAUCUCAACUGAUGAUGAGUGGGAAAUACCGAAAAAGAGCGAAGGGGGGUUGAAGCGUGACAAUGGAGCAUAUAAUUCACCGCUUCAUUCUGUUCCAAAGUCGGAAGCUUCUCCAGACCGUGCUCAAAAGGUAAACCUUGCUUCUUUACCUGGAAGUGACGAUUCAUUGAGAAAGGGUAAAAAGAGCAAACGUGGCUCUGUCGAUGAUACAUUUGCGUUCCCGGCAGUCCGUGGCGUUGAAGAUUGGGAUUCGCCCAACAAGCUACAGAAUGAAUCCACCCAAGACUCAAGUGUCCGUGACUCCUCGUCACAGGCGGAGCCUCCUGUUGAAUACCUCUACGAUAGCCCAAAGGAGAUGACCGAAUCUUCCAGUGAUGUUCGUAGUGAGAAGACAGCUGCGACAGAGGACGAGCUCGAUAUGGCGAGAAAGGCGAAGAAAUCUACGCGAAGCUCGAUUUCGUACGAAGAUCAGCCCUCGACGUAUCAAUCUGCAGCCCCAUUUGAAGGCUCUGUGGAAACUUCCAAGAGAUCAAAACCAGAUUCUUAUCCUAAUCCAUCUAAGAUCUUAGAUCGGGAUGCCAGCCCUGCAGUUUCGAAUCAGUCUCGUCAUGACGAUAAUCAAACGGCUGAUAACUAUAGGAGGGAUGAGAAGGUAGACGAUACCAAAACCAUAACUUCCACCUCGAAGAGUGCGGGUAAAAAGAGCCGAAAAGGCUCUAAGUCGGAAGGUGAUAAGAAAGGUAGCGGGAGUACGAGCUUUUUCGGCCGCUUAAAAUCUUCAAUCGGGAUAGCAGAAGAAAAGCAGCAUUUACCUAAAGUGGAUGAGGACAAAAAUGAUCCUUUUUUAGGUAAUGCCGACAUCCCUGGCGUAGGUGUCGGCUCGAUGGGUGACGUUACUGUAUCACAAGAGUCCCAGUCGAAAGCCACCAGUGCUCCUGUGGAUGAAAAAGCCCAAAUAAACCCCUCCACUCCUGAGAGACAAUCAACUUUACCACGACAAGUAGAGCCUAUCGACCCAGAGAUUGUCCCGCGAGAAUUUCGACCUGCUAUAGAUCCCAAGCAUGGCGAUCUUUUACCCUUACCUCCAAGUCGUCCUAGGUCUCCUAUUUCCAAGCUUGGCGAUAAUUUUCCACCACUACCGGAUAGCCGUCCUGAGACACCCGAGCAUGAACGACAUGUACGCGAGACUCCUACUCAUACUCGCCGUCGCAGCACCCUCGAAACGCCAAAGACGCCCAGCCAAAGCGCGAUACCUAUCCAAUUCUUUCGCCCGGGACAUAGGCAUACGCCGAGUAAUGGAAGAUCUUCACCGUCUAUCUCGCCAGUUACUGCUACCGUAGAAUUUGGAGGCGAAUCGAAGAAUCGUUCUCGCCCGACGUCCUGGGAAGCCUCUCGGGAUUUCAAGCCCCUCCUCCUUCUCCAGAAGGCGUUACGUGGAUCGGUCGACCUAUCAAGCUCCCCCGAAAGAGAAUAUUUACCUUCAGAAGUUGAAAUUCGCGAGCGAGGGUCGCCGUCGUCAGCCCCCGUAUUCAUGGAAUCUCCCGAUCGUGGCCAUCCCUUCCGCGAAAAUAUCUUUUCUAAACCAUUGUCGUCACCAGUUGGAAUACCUGUAGAAAAACCGGAAAGUUCGCAUGCAGCUGAAAGGGCCUAUCAACUUGGUGAAAGCCCCUUCAGCAAACCCCUCAACGAAGCUUCAUCACAGCGUGAUACUAGAGCAGAGGGUUCCCACUUGUCGCCUCUCCCUGAAGAGGCAGACUUGAAAGCUGGCGAGGAUUCUCGUAGUCCUUUCAGUUCACCGGCUCUCCCAGUAGCUCCAGGUGAUGGGGCUCAGGGCAAUUCUGCUAAGGGCCUUAAAGACAACUUGGAUGAUACUGCUAUUCCAAAAGGAGUCGCGACGCCUGAUAUACGGGAACCAGAAACUACGACCACGCCUGAUAAUCAUACCUCAAGCCAGGCCACCAAAGCUGUUACUAUGGAAACGCCACAAGAAUUCCUCCCUGCUUCGGACUUGCUUUCUGGAACUAAGACACCAGAUUCGACCGAUACCUUCGAUACUGCUCUAAGUAACGCAGAUGAUCGUGGGCUCCCAGAAUACAACGUUUCAAUAGAUAAGGCCCGAGACAACGAUCAAUUACAGCAGAGAACGUUAAGCUACAUCGAUGAAUUAUCCGUGCAUCCCGCUAUAGAAACUACUCCGCUCCAAGGAGAACAUAUUAGCGGUGUCGUACAUGAGCGAAUUUCCCCCGCGGAGCAUGUUGAACCCACGCCGGUUGAUAUCUCUACGAAGGGCAUACCCGAGGCCCCAGAACAAGACGUGGACGAUAACGAAUCUAUUGAAACAGUGUUACCUGAGUACUCUAUUUCAGAACCACGCCGGGAACAACCUUCAAUUGACGUGCAGGAGGAGUUGCCUACAGACCAGGUUGACGAUGAGGUUCCAGUCGACAGUAAUCGGACUCCCAUUGAGCAGCCAACUUUGGUCGAAGAGAAACCUGUUGCUGUUGAAGAACUCAAGUCUAGUCACGAGAAGCCAAUUACACGAGGGUCGGAGGCCGCUAAGGUUGAAAUAAACAAUCCUAGGAUUGAGCUACGCGCAGAGCCACAGCCAGAGGCAACAUCAGAGCCAUCUCCUAUUCCAUUAGAGUCGUCUGUCGUUGAAAAGUCUAAUGCACCGGAAAAUGAGGUUGCUCUUCUGCCGGAAGUGCCUCCUGUUGAGAUCGGGACUCCUUCGAUCGAACCCGAGCGUAGUGUGGUUGAGCCAAAAGCUCCCAUGAACGACCUAGAGACAUCAUCUACUGGACCCAGAAUGGCUUCGGAACUAGGAGUAUCAAGCAGGGAACCUAAAGUCGUAGAGAUUGAGUCUCACGCUGGAGAAACUCAUGUCGAAGAACCAAUUACUUCUGCCGUACAAAAGGAUAUCCCUGUCACCGAAGAUGAGCCAAUCGAGGUGGAAUCAGAAGCACCUAGCACUGGAUUAGGGCCGGUUGUCAAGCCAGAAUCGACUAUUUCCCAGAGCGACCCGGCUACCAUAGGACGCGAAACUUCUACUUUCCAGACAGAGCCUGUCGUAACUGAAAGAGAAUCGGCCCCGAUUGCUACUGGACUAGAGAAGCCCGAGCAACUUGCGCCAGUCCCGGAGCUUUCCUCUAACCCCUCUAACGAACAUGAGACGAAGGGCGAGGGUGCACAACAACCAGUAUCCGAGAAUGAGCAGACCGAACAUACUUCCCCUGUUGAAAAGCAGGCUAAAAGAGUCGAGGAGUUAACUCAGGAGACCAAUGCAGAUAGCCAUCACGCGUUUCCCGUCGACCAACAAACCUCCGGCCAGGAUCGAGCAGAAACUACUCCACAGGAAUUACGUGACAACCAACUGAAGCUGCCCGAACAAACUCUGUUACCCGUAGAGACGUCCGAGGAGGAGGGACAGAAGAUGCAAGUUAUAGCCCCUGAGCCGAAGGUUCGAGCUGUCGAUGAACAGAUCCCAGCUCGAGAAGAAGAGAGCCAGCCUGUUUCCCAAUCGCCGCCUCUCCCAGCAAUACAAACUGAAGACCAGCAACCUAACACUCCUGCAGAAGGGUCUGUGGAAGCACCGACUAGUCCACAAGCUAAGCAGCAACUAAAUCUAUUUCCUGUGAAUGAGUUGACUAGCGAACCGGUACUUGAAGAACCUAAGAGAUCUAGCGAAGCCGAUUACAACGACGAGGAGACAUCGCGAGAAAUACCUACUUUAAUGCAGCCGGUGGAGCCUAUACUAAGCAACCCUAAGAUUGACAGCCAUGACGAUCUCCAAUCUACGCUUCCUGCUCUUGGACAAGAUGAGCAAUCACAAUCGAUAUCGAAUCCAUCUUCAGAAGAGGUUGAAUCGCCCAGCGAUACCACAAAACCUAAGGGUUCCAUUGCGGAUGGAGAACAUGAUGUGCGACCUAGUUUGGCUGAAACUGGACUGCCACAACCGGCCGAACAGAAGCCAAGCGGCUUGGCGUUGUUGGAGGAUACCAACGUGGAUGAAUCACCAAUGCAGCUCGAUUCACUUGGCGGUGAAGAUAGCAGGGAUCAGCAGGGACCUGCGUCAACCGAUCCACUGGAAGCUUUAUCCUCGAGCCCCAACUGGAACGAGAGCUCAGAAAAGAAGCAAGACAAAUCACCUGUAUCACCUCAAGCGGCGGAGGAACCCUCGGGUUUAAGCCUGGAAACCGACAACGCCCGACCACCGAGUCUAAUUAAUGAAGUAUCUGGCGAAGAGGCACGGGAAACAACUCAACCGCAGGAUGAACCCAGCAACAAGAAGAGGGAAAGCAAGGAAGUCGAGAUCAGCCAAGCGACGUCGAAAAUAGUUGAUACUUCUAAGACGAUUGUACCUUACCCGGAACCGGCGGCUCAAGAAGCACCCUUAGAAGCUGAUGCUCAUGAGCCUCAAACCGUUAGUGAUAUUCCUGAAAAGCCACCCCAAGACCGCGACAUUGAAUCAGCUGCCCCGAUUGUUGAGGAGCAGUCGACCAUACCUCAACCAAUUAUAGAGGAUAUGCAGGAGCCAGUUGUGGCACAGGCUGAACCAAUUGACGAUGAUGUCUCGCCUGGAUUAGAUAGCUCUGGCAAAGAAUCCCAAGAGAAGAGCGAGGAAGGUCGAUUAAGUCAAUUGGGUACCACUGACGCUAUUGAUGCACCUGCAUUGGGUGGGGAACUAGAAUCUGAGAGAUCUGUGGGGGAGCCGGCGAUUGUGGAGAUAGAGGCUGAUAGCAAACCCUCCUCUCAACCUCUCGCUCACGAAGUUGACUUAACAGCUGUCACUGAGGUAGAGAACCAAGCAUCCGAGUCCCAGUCUAUCCCCAACAAGGAAGAAGUUGAAGCAAAGCGUGGAUCUAACCAAAUUGAGACCAUCACUAACGAUACUCCCCAGGAAACACCGGAAAUUCUGGAUGCGCGGGAUGAUGCGAGCAAGGAAGUAACCCCGCUAACUCAAUUUAACGUUGGUAGACUUAGCGACGACACGCAGGCUACUCAAGCCAAAGGAGACACUGACGGGCCGACGACAAUUAACCAGCUGGAGACGGAUAAUAAAUCCGAAAACGCCUCUGUUAACACCAGUGAAACCCCGGCAUCUAUUAUCUUGCCAGAAAUAUCCACCAAACCAGAUUUUAAUUCCGAGGAUAUUAUACAAGCCGGCAGAAAUUUUGGUUUAGAUCCAACCCCAUCUGGCAUCGAAAGACCUGAGAAGGAAAAACUCGAAGGCGCUCAAUUACCUGGAGCACUUAAACGAGGAUCCAUGGAAGUCCCGAUGGAACCUGUCGGCGAUACCCCUACGCCUGACACAACCUUCAAUCCUGACUGGAGCUCUAUUGAGAUACCGCCCCUGCCGGAUUUCUUAUCGAAAUCUGAGGAUCAGCCUCAUGACGCAUCGGAGGUUCAACAAGAACAAUCUCAUGAUCAGCCAGUAGACCCAUUGGAUCAGCUUAUCCAGCACAUUGAAGCUAAGGCGCGAUCAGAAGUCCCUAGCUAUAUCCAAGGCCGGCCGACGUCAGGAGAAAUCGACGCUUCUGCAAGUGCCGAGCAGCCAAUACCUCAGAAAGCCGACGAGGAGUCGAUAGAAGCCCGAAACAGACUUUUGGUGGACAACAGAUCAAACGAUGGGCUUGGCAGUGUUCAAGAACCCUUAGGUGAAGUUGUACCAGCAGUGCAGGAGCCUGUCAAUGACAAUAUACCCGCUGAAGUGGACAACGUCCAGGAGCCUCCCACCCAGGAUGAAUCCCAAGCUUUACCCAUCCCAGCAACUCCACGAACUCCCCUCGCAGAAGCUACUCCUACAGCAGUCCCCGAGCCCCAGGAGAGGAUUGAACAGCCUGUAGAAAAUAUGACAAAUGACAGCAAUUUAGCUACAUCUCGAGUUGCGCCACCUAUUUCAGAAGAUGGCCAGUCGAAUCUCCUUACAGAGCACGCUGCCAUAAGCGAUUCGCAAGUUGAGUCUAGCCUAUUAACCGAGAAUAUAACCCAAGCUACUUUGAACGUACUGCCAACGAUUACGGAAGAACUUGAGAGUGAAGGUCAAGACGCGCUUGAUACCCAAGCAGGAGCAGCAGCACCGGUGGAUGAGCCAAGUACAGAGGUCCCUCCCUCAGAUCUCGUUGAAACACCAUCGACUAUACCGCAAGACCAGACUAAUUUAGGUGAAGUCACGCCGGAAGUCCCAACCAUAGUCGAGCCGGAGGAGCUGGUGUCUCAGCCGCAUAGAUAUGACCCACAGAGCCCUACAAAUGAGGAUAAGGGAAUAGAGAAGGAAAGCCAAGUACAAGAACAUGAACCCGAAGCGUCCCCCUUACCGACGGAACCUACGACCGAACAGCCGCAAACCCCUAUUCUUAAGAGCAAGCCACCGCAAGAUGUAAUGCCUUUGGAUUUACCCUUGGUGAAAGAAACUAAGACGGAGCCGCGCCUGACUGAGCAAAACGCGCCUGACCUACCCGAUUUACCUACCCCCGGAACGAGCAAGACCGCGGUCAGCAUGUUAGAUAUCUCUCCUUCCCCAACGAGAGAGCCCGAGCCACGACCGUCUGAUGUUACGGGUACAACGAGAGAGCCCGAGCCAAGACCAUCGGAUGUUACGGGCACAACCGUCCAUUCUCAAGACUCUGGGCAGGAACCAGGAGUUAAUACAGACAAGGCAGGUGACGAUGUGCUGAUAACCAGGCCUGAGAUCGCCCCAAGUGGAGAAGUUACAAAUGUCCAGGACCAGGAGAAAACUCGACAAACCAAUGAUCUAACUGAAAACUCUAUGCUAGAGGAAGAACCCGUGGCUGAGCCUGUACGCGACGACGAAGGCGACGAAGGCGUGGAAAGCGUUCUCACGCCCAGGCCAAAAGAAAGGAAAGAAAUCGAAGAACGAGGAAGCCAGUCAUUCCUAGAUGAUAUGGCGUCUGUACCAAGCCAAGAAUCCGCCGAAUCUGUCCCAAGCAUGCCAGAAGCCGUCGACGAAGCAAUCAAUUCUGCAAAGACCUCUGUACCUAUAGUCAGCGAAGAGCUUUCUCUCCCGCCCCCUGACAAAGUGGACGAGCCCACCGAGACCGCAAUUGCCGCAGCUCAAGAGGAUAUCUCCAGCUCGCCUACACACAACCAAUUUACCGCAGCUGAUGUUGAGGAAAUUGUGGAGCCAGAGCCUAAGAACCCCGAAAGCGUCGAAGAUAAGGAAGGUGAAGAAAAUAAACUAACCCUCCUAGAUAACCACCUAUCCGAGAAAGUCCUAGAGCAAGAAGCAGAGGGAGGUCCAACGGCUCCUAUAGGUGAAGAUGAAUCUCAGGUCUUAGCUCCUACAGAAGCUUCAGAGGAAGAAGCGCUGGAUGAACCUAUCUCUCCGAAAAAGAGUAAAAAGGGAAAGAAAGCUAAAAGAAGGAACGCUCAUGAUGAGAAUGCCUCUCAAGUCGAACCGGGUCAAGCAUCUGUGGAUACAAUAGGCAAUGAUGAACAGAUGGAGAGUGGCACUUCUCAAAGUCACAAAGAUGCGGACGUUAUUGACCUUGGCCCUACUGGAAAUAAGGAGGACGUAGAAGUAAAGGAUGUUGUUCGUUCAGAUGAUGUACAGUCACAAGAACAAAAUCAAGCGAAAUUGGAGUCUGCAGCUCAACCAGACAUAAGUGAGAUGACAGAAACUGAAAACUUGGCUGUCGAGAGCUUGAAGGACGAGACCAUUGACGAGGUAGUUCCUACUAAAAAGGCCAAAAAGAACAAGAAAAAGAAGCGCGCAAGUCCGCGGGGAGAAGAGACGAUUUCCCAACAAGAGCUAUCUCAACCCACCACCGAUCUAAUGGCUACUACAUCCGCAGUUGACCAGGUCAAUACAGAACUAUUCUCUAUUCCAGAAAAUUCGGCCAGUUAUGACGUCGUGGAUCUAAAGCUUGAUCAUAAUGCUGAUAAAGAAAAGCAACCAAGCGCCCAGGAGCCAGAACUUGAAGCCAAAAUGCCAACCGAACCAGAAUCGGGUUCCACACCUCAGCAGCUAGAGUCAUCUAUGGAUCUCAGUUCUACCGAUGUGGCUCCCAUGAACACGGAGGAUCCGGUUCCCAUUGAGGAAAACCACUUGACCAGGUUGCUUGAAGUCCCGGCUGGGUCCACCGCUAUUGAGGCCACAGUUGCGAACAUACAGGAUGAUAGACCUUCCACUGAAGAUGGUAUAUCUGCGAUGGCGCCACUUGAGACCGCCCAGGAGCAGGUCGAAACAAUUACGUUACCAGACUCUAACAUUCCUCUAACGGAUCAAACCCCUACUGAAGAUACUGACAUUGUUCCUCCUUCCGAUGAGCCCAAUACCGAGGGUUCCGCUCAGGCAGAGGCCGUCCUGCCAGAGACUCUCAUCAACCAGGAGUUGGAAGAACAAACCGAUGUUCUCUCGAGUUCACCGCGUGAAGAGUUGGUGCCUCAGGAGCUAGUCCACUCAGAUGAAAAGCGCGAGGAAGCUGUAGACCCUAUCAUUUCCGAAACCCCAGCUGAGGCUGUACAUCCUGAAGAACUUUCCAGGUCCAGAGAAUAUUUGCAACCAGCAGAAUCUACCCAAGUAGAAGAAGUCGCAAUGUCAGGAGAGCACACGCAAACUGAGAAUCUACCAACGGAAGAGCUUGUGCAACCAGAGGAGCCAACUACUUCGGAAGAACAGUUAGAGCAGGCACCGCCUAAGGUAGAAGAGCUUGCCCAACCGGGCGAACCCGAGCAAUUAGUUCCCUCUCCAGAAGAUCCUUUGGAGACCGAUGAGCCGGCACAGCAAGAACCUGCAGAGCUAGAACCUGUUGAGCCGGAGCCUAUCAAGCCAGAACCUGUACAACCAGAAUCUGUUGAGCCAGAACCUGUACAGUCCAAAACUGUCGAGCCAGAACUUGUACAGCCAGGACCUGUACAGCCAGAUGAGUCCUCACAGCGUUUAGAACAGAAGUUGCUGACUCAAGCACAAGAACCUACACGGCUAGCAAGCUCUGCGAACCCUGUCGAGGAAUCCACUAUUACCUCAGAUGAAGCUGAGUCCACGCCGACAAAAAUGCCUAAGAAAAGCAAGGAAAAGAAGAAAGCCAUCCAAGUUGAACUAGAGCCAGAGCCAGAACAAGAACAAGCACAAGAACCAGCAGAGGCAAGCACGCAAAUAGUUGAGCCUCAAAUUCCUGAGGAGUUGCCAAAGCGAUCUGCAGAGCAACCCGUGGACCAACGCGCCGAACAACGGAUGAGCUGGGGUUUCUUUGGAGGAUUUGCUGAUUCAUUCAAGAGUCUUCUAAGUAUACAAGAACCUACGACCUCGAAGAAUGAUGAAAAUACCGAGGACCCCUUUAAAUCGCUUACGAAGUCAAAGCCUGAGACAGAGGAUAAAGGAACGAUCCAACUUGAAACGGCACCUACACCGAAAUCCGUACUCUCAUUAGAACGGGAAGGACGACCAUCUUGGCUUGAGUCAUUACAGGAAUCCCAGCAAUUUGAUACCGAUAAUACAUCGGCAGCCGCCACAGAUCCUAUGCCCGAAGACGUCCUAUCCGAAGUGGCUAUAAGCAAGGAAUCCAAGAAAAAGGAUAAGGAAGUAAGCCAAGCCAGUGAGGAGCCCGAGCUUAAAACCGAGAUCCCUCUAGAACCUCAAGCGCAGCCAGUUCUCUUUGAAGAAUCUCCCGUGCAAGAAAUCCAGGGACGAACCGAUGCUUUGCCUAUAGUAGAACAGCCGCCAAUCACGAAGGGGGAAAAGAAGCGUAAAGCAGACCUUUCUCAGUCCCCCGGUAGCAAAAUGUCUAAGAAGGAAAGGCGAAAAAUGAAGAAAUUGGCCGCUCUAGCCGCUGAGCUGUUCCAAACCGAGCCUGACUUGAAGGUCAGUAACGAGCAGGUAGCGCCCAAAACUGCACCUGGUCCCUCAGAGCAAACUCUAGAGCCCGCAAAUCCGGAUUCAGAAGUAAAAAAUGACUCUAUUACGAGCUCCAUAGACACCACAUCAUCGAACACCCCAGAAGCGGACUUGCAGACACCAGUAAUAGAGACUGCAUCCUCGAUUCAACCAAUUCAAGAACGGACAGAAGGUCAGACCGAAGAAAAAGGUGAAAAUAUAGGCGCCCUCUUAGGCCAAGAAGAAAACUUGAUUUCUAGCUCCGAGCAGGCUCUCAUAGCCCCUGAGGUGGAAAAUACAACCAAGGAUGCACCCGCGAAUAGGACUGCCGAUGUUAUAGGUGAGGCCACACCCGACGUACAAGAGUCGAAGGGGAUUUCGCCCGACAUUCCUAUAGAGACUUCGGAGAAAGGAGAAGAGGCACAAACACUCAGUACUCCCGAAAUAAAUAUUGAAAUCCCAAAUUCCGACCCGCAGCCGCAAAGUUUGCCGGAUACCGAAAAGGAGGAUGAGACGACAGUCAGUACAGGAACCUCAGUAAACGUAGAGCAGUCACCUAGGAAGUCAAAUGAAGUUCCGGAACGUAUUAAGACGCCCAAGAUAAGUACCGCCAAACAUCUAGAUUUGCCCGCCUAUCAACAAUUCGACACCGACCCCUCUCCGUCUUCCCCUCUUAGCCGCAAGAAGUCAAGGAAGGACAAGAAGAAGAAGAGACUUAGUGCUCAAGCCGGAUCAGAAGUAAGCUCGGAAACUCAAACGCCUGCAAGCCAAGAACAAAAUACAGGCAAAGAUUCGAGCGACAUCACAAAGGAACCCAACGUUUCGGAACUGGAAAGGACAAUGGUAAAUGAGGUUUCGGAAAUUACUCAACCGCCGUGGCUCGUAUCGGAGCGUGAUUCUGACACAGGGCCUCUUAGCGAAACCAGACAAGAUACCUUAGAACACGUCGAGUUACCAGGGCCUGUCACCCCUCCUCGGACACCGUCGACCGUCUCCGCAUACGCGGUCAACGUCGACCUCUCACCGGCUCAACUCAGUAGUCAUGUAGAACACGAGCGUCCAUUCGAUCAGUCACCGCAGCCUGGCAAGAGAAUUAGAACUCGUCUAUCCAGCAGCAAUGCAACAACUGGGCUCUUUUCGACUCGGCCCAAAUCUUCUCAAGGCACCGAGAGCUCAGGGUACGAAGCCCGGGGGCUACUACCACCCGUAGGGUUAUACACCACAAAAUCCAGCGACAAUGAUGUCGCGUCGCACGGUAUUAUUCCUGCUCAAGGGAGUGCAGCCUCGUAUCUUGAACCUCAGUUAAUUCCAACGACUGCAAUCCCACACAACGUCGAAGCGAAUAGUGGUGUCAAACAGAUUAGCACUCCUGGUCUACUUCCGGUACUUGCACCACGGAGGGAGAUUGCUGCUUCGUAUUCUGCUGCACAACCUUCAAGUGACAAUAUACUAACUGACGCGACUCAGAAGUUGGUUGGCGAUGCAUCACCGGUAGCAAUAAGCCAUGAUAUUUCUACUUUACCCUUAGAGCCGCAGUUAAGUCGAUCAGAGUCUAAGCGUAAAGAGGAGAGGGCCCUUCCAAUUCAGCCCGAGGCUCGGCAGCGCAGCCAUAUUGAAGACAUGAACACACCAGCGCGUAAGAUUGCGGCUAUCCUUAUGGAAGCACACCUUAAUUCGUCUAAAAAGAACAAGGAGAUGCUUAAGGAUGUAGACCCCACAGUUCCGGAACGCAUUGCUACAACAUCUUCUACUGGGGAGGCUACACAUUCAACUGAAAAGUAUGCCAGCAUGAAAACGCCAGACACACAAGACAUACUUGAUAACCGUGCAGUUCCAAAAGUCCUCAAGUCUGAAGUACUAGAGGAAAAGCACAUGAAUGUCAAUGCAAGCGAUAUGGAAGCCGAGCGAAACACAGGGGCAGUUAUACAGACGGAGAUACCGUCCUCUAAACUCAAGGACAUACCGUUAACAAGAGGUCUUCCUGUGCAGGGUAGUGCCGCUGAGGAGGAUACCGAGAGCCCAGUAGUAGGAGGACAAGUGCAACAAAGCCUACCGGAGCCUCGCACUCCUAUUCAUGGCAGUCCAACAUUGAGAGAGCCACCUACUACUGAAAUCAUCAAAAGGCUGGACGAUCUGGACACAUCAGAGCACGCUAGGGAGCCUUCGGUGUCAACAUUAGAGCGCAAAAUUGAUGAAGUAUCGCCAAAGCCACCAAGUUCAAGAUCUCUAAUUCAAGACUACGGAAAUACCGGCCGCAAUUCUCCCCGCAUCCUACCUCCGGUAAAGGAGGAAACGCGUGAAGAACUACAGGAUGAAGGAGGAAAUCGAGGUCACAACAUUACAAGGAAGUCGCCAAUUGUCACAGAGCUGAAUAGGGACAGUGGAUUUGUAACAGAUUCACCAAAUUCGAUACGACGAAGCUCAUGGGAUGAUUUGAGUCAACGGGAUAGUGCUGUGCAUUUGCGGGAUUGGCCUGAAAACCCGCCCACGCCUACACCUACGCGCAGAAAAACGGGAUUAUUGGAAAACGAAAGCAGCGAGAUUCGGACACGGCAACCAAAUGAGAGAAGAAGCAAAAAGCUAGGAUUAGGAAAUGAAGCGCCAAAGUUAAGCACGCCAAUUGCUCGCAGUCAAGAUGAGAUGCAAGAUGGUAUGGAGCCAAGGAAAACGCGAUUAGCAAAAUCGCAAGAUGAUGGGAAAAGAAGUGUAUCAGAAAGUAUAAGCCGAGGGUCGACGCCAGGGAUAGAAAAUCAUCAACCAAGGCGGUCUGCAUCUAACACGAGCAUUUCGCGGUUGAGGACACCUGAACCGCAGCAGUUUCGGCCUGAAAGUCCAGGCGGCAGAAAUUUCCGAUCAGGCUCCAACACCCCGCCGCUCGCGCUCAGACGCAUCGGUAAGCGAAUGAGCGGAUAUGACCGACGUAUAUGAUGGUUACGGCGAAGGCCGCAUCGGAUCCCCACGAUCCCCGACCCGACCACAGAGUAUGCGUCGCCGACAGAGCAUACAGGUU